GGGACGGUGAAACGAAAUUGUAGUGAAGGAAUUAGAUCCAGAUUCUGGGGAUACUGCUCAACGCGAACAUGUCGACGACGAACAAACUCUACUGAAUUUCUCCUCCCCUUCUCGGUGGCGUAUGCGUUGACGCUCCGCCUCCUCCUCCUCCGGAUUCCGCCCCCCUUUUUUAAUUGCUCCGGGAGAGAGAGAAAAUCGCUAAUCUCGAAUCGAAUCAUCAUUCAUCAAUGGGGGUGUGACUCAAUUUGUAAUUUUGCAAAAGGGGAAACAAAAUUAGGGAAGAUUGAUUUCCCGGCAUUUCUGAUUUCUAAGCAGAAUUCGAUCGAGGAAUUGAAAUAAGGAGAAGCUUUUUGCCCGAUUGUUUGAUUGGAUUGGAUUGGUUUCGUUUGAUUGAAUAAUGGCGUACAGGAGGAGGCAGCAAGUUGGGAGAUUCGACACCCCGUUCACUUCUAACUACGAUUCCGCCUCUCCGCCGCCGCCGCCCGACAGCUCUUCGUCGUCGUCCUCCGCCUCCUCGCUCGCCACCAAAGCCAUCAGAGCUUCCUCGGCUUAUAGGGAUUCUUCGCUGUCCUCCGUCUACGAGCAGUCCGCUCUCUCUUCUCCUCGCGGCGCUACCCCUCCCUCUGCUAAGGAUUCAGCCAUACACGAGGAGGAUACACCAAAGAAGUACAUGAAUGAAUCUAAGCAAAGUUUCUGGGGGACGAUAGCUCGGAAAGCUAAAGCAAUUAUUGAUGAUGAUGUUAAUACAUCUCAACCACAUGACAAACCCAGAGGAAUAACACCUCUGACAUCUGAUAGAAGCAAAAACGAUCAGUACCAUAAUGCAUAUGACUCUCCAAGAAGCCGUCGAGACGGUCCUGCAUUACAGAAGGGUCUGGAUGCAAUUACAUCAUCCCUUAAUUACAUUGGUGGCACCAUUGGUAAUGCUCUCGAGGAGGGUUUCACAGCAGUGGAGAGUCGCACAGCAGACAUAAUCCAAGAGACUAAAAAGAUUCAAAUAAGAAAAAAGAGUGGUAUCUCUACUAGAUCUACGAGCCAGGCUUCAAAUAUAGAUAGUCCAAGACAUCAACCAAUGCAGCAGUCACAACAUAUGCAACCUCAAACGCACACUAACUUGGAAACUCAACUCAAGGCAUCCCGCGACGUUGCAAUGGCAAUGGCGGCUAAAGCAAAACUUCUGUUGAGAGAGCUGAAGACAGUGAAAGCUGAUCUGGCUUUUGCAAAGGAGCGAUGUGCUCAGCUUGAAGAAGAAAACAGAAUCCUCAGAGAGAGCCGUGAAAAAGGAGACAACCAAGAAGACGAUGAUUUGAUAAGGCUCCAACUCGAGUCUCUUUUGGCCGAAAAAGCUCGACUGGCCCAAGAGAAUUCAGUGUACGCAAGAGAGAACCGUUUCCUUAGAGAGAUAGUGGAGUACCAUCAGCUUACCAUGCAAGAUGUGGUCUACUUUGACGAAGGCAGUGAAGAGGUCACCGAAGUGUACCCCAUCAAUAUAACUACUAAUAAUAACAUGCCUUCGUCUUCUCCAACUCCAACUAUUCCACACGGUGCGCAGAAUCUCGAUUUGCCAACUCAGCUAGAUCUCGAAGAGAAUUCCCCAACUAUGGUUAACCCUUAUGUCCAAUUGCCUGCACCAGAAGAUUUUAGAAGACAUUAAUAAGUGGUUAUUCUUCUUCUGAUGAUCUUCGUCUCGUAUUUUUUGAGAAAAAAAAAAGGUUUGUUAUUCUCGAUUUUUGUUGCUGUAAAUUGUUGUGGUGCUAAUGAUCUUCAUAUUUUGUUUUCGGUCUUUUAUAUUUAUUUCUUCCUUUUUUUAUAAGUGGGGUAUCUGUAAGCUUAUAUUGUGUUGAUGACAUUGUGAAAUUGCUGAUUAAGAACUGUAUAUUAGUCACAGAACUAUUGGCCUUGAUCAUUUGUGAUGGCAAAUUGGCUAUUAACAUAAAUUAUAGCUCUGCUGCAUACCGCAGUUUUUUCUUGAUUUGUACUGUAAUGUAAAAACUUCGAUAAUGCUGGAUGCUCGUCGUUAA